AUGAACUUAUUUACUCAUAUUUUACUACAAUAUACUCCUAGUUGAUCCAAAAUGAAAAUCAAGCUUCUUAUCUUCAUGUUUUUUCUUUGUGCAAUAAUUUUCAUCUCUACUGUGGCAGUUGAGACAUUAAAAGUUGAUGCAAUUGAAGAAUCCAAAACAAAAAUUGGGAUGGAUAGUUGGAGAGACUGGGGAGGUUCCUUCUGGGGAGAUGAAGAAGUGGAUAAUGGUGAAGGAGACAAAGAUGGAGGACAUGGAAGUGGUGAAAAAGGAAAAAAACCUAAAAGUGGUAAAGAUGAUUGGAGAGACUGGGGAGGAUCUUUCUGGGGAGAUGAAGAAGGGAAUGGUGGUGAGAGAGGCAAAGAAGGUGGACAAGAAAAAGGUGAGAUAAAUCAAAGUGGAAUAGAUAGUGAAAGUGGAUAUAAUGGUGGAAAUUAGGAACGAAGAAGUUCGAGAGGUGGCUUUACCAGCAAAAAUGGAUGGCAUGUGAAAUGACUAUGAAAACCAAACUCAUGCAUGUUUGUAUC